AUGAUUCAGAGGGACAACCGCUGCCCUCUCCAUCCGCGCCGCUCUCGAGGACUUGGCGCCUCGCCUGCUUCCUUCACGCCGGUGACAUUUUCGUCGUCUAUCAGAUCUCAACGCGAAUCUGUUGCUCGUGUCGUAGAUGAGCUUGUAAGAUCGAUUCCUGGCAUCGAAUGUAAGCGUCGGUUUAACGUGAGACUAUGGAAGGUGUUCACUGAUUGCUUUAACUGUCUACCUGUGGCUGCUCUUAUAGAUGACAAAAUAGUAUGCAUGCAUGGCGGUCUUUCCCCAAAUUUGUCAAACCUGGACCAGAUUAAAAGCUUACCACGUCCUACCGAUGUCCCUGAUACUGGUUUGUUGUGUGACCUGCUUUGGUCCGAUCCUGGUAGGGAAAUUCAAGGAUGGGGAAUGAAUGAUAGAGGGGUUUCGUACACUUUUGGUGCUGAUAAAGUUGCUGAGUUCCUGACAAAGCAUGAUCUGGAUCUUGUCUGUCGUGCACAUCAGGUUGUGGAGGAUGGUUAUGAGUUCUUUGCAGAUAGACAACUAGUCACUGUAUUCUCAGCACCCAAUUACUGUGGUGAAUUUGAUAAUGCUGUUGCUAUGAUGAGUGUUGAUGAAACCUUGAUGUGCUCCUUUCAAAUUCUAAAGCCUGCAGAAAAGAAGCCAAAAUUUAUGAUGUCGACGAAAAUAUGAUUAUGAUAAACUUUUGUCUUCUUACUCUUCCCAAGGUUCUUGAUGAUGUGAUAUUAUACUCGUGGUUGUUGAUGGUGUUCUUGAUUGGCGUGCUUUUUGUUAGUUAGUCUUACCAAUUUUGCUUCAAUAAA